AUGUCGACGAAAAGUGUGAUCAGAAGUCAGGAACAACAUAAGGUAUUCGUUGCCAGUUCCGACGACUCCAAAAUAUGCGUCGUUAUGGUGGGCCUUCCGGCCCGGGGCAAGAGUCUCAUCGCUGGAAAGGCCAUGCGCUAUCUCGGCUGGGUUGGCAUUCCUGCACGGGUUUUCAACGUGGGUAGCUACCGCCGCUUCAACACUCCACAGCCGGCGGCGACAUUCUUUGAUCCUCACAAUCCAGAGGGUGAACGCAUGCGUCGAGCUGCUGCUGAGGCCGCCAUGUCAGACAUGCUUCAGUGGUUCAAGGCCGGCAAGGGCGUUGUGGCUAUUCUUGAUGCUACCAACUCUACCAAGGAACGGCGCCAGUGGAUUUACGAAAAGUGCCACGAGGCUGAUAUUGAGGCUCUUUUCGUGGAGUCUAUCUGCGAUGAUGAAGAUUUGAUCAUGACGAACAUCAAGGAGGUCAAAACUACGUCCCCUGAUUAUAAAGGCCAGGAUCCCGAAGAGGCCGCUCUCGAUUUCCGCAACCGCAUUCGCAACUAUGAGAAGGCCUAUGAGACUAUUGAUGAUAACGAGAAGCAUUAUACCUACGUCAAGCUGAUCAACGUCGGCUCAACCGUUAUCAUCAAUCAGAUCAAAGACUAUCUAUCCAGUCGCUUGGUUUACUAUAUUCAGAACUUGCACAUCAAACCUCGCUCAAUCUGGCUCUCAAGACACGGCGAAUCCGAAUUCAACCUUUGUGGAGCGAUCGGUGGCGAUUCGAACAUCUCCGAGCGCGGCGAGGCCUAUGCCCGCGCGCUGCCCGAAUUGAUGCGCAAGUCCGGUAUCCCAGAGAACACCAAGAUCGUCAUCUGGACGUCCACCCUAAAGCGUACCAUUCAAAGCGCCCGCCACCUGAAGGCCGAAACUGGCUACGACAAGCUAGAAUGGAAGGCCCUGGACGAGCUCGACUCCGGCGUCUGCGACGGCUUGACCUACGAACAAAUUGCCGAAAAGUACCCUGAGGACUUCGCCGCCCGCGAUGAAGACAAGUACAACUACCGCUAUCGCGGCGGCGAGUCUUACCGGGAUGUGGUCAUUCGUCUUGAGCCAAUUAUCAUGGAGCUGGAGCGUUCUGAGAACGUCAUCAUCGUUACCCACCAGGCCGUGCUCCGCUGCAUCUAUGCUUACUUCAUGAAUGUGCCCCAAGAGCAGAGUCCAUGGAUGGAGGUUCCCCUGCACACGCUCAUCAAGCUCACCCCCCGCGCUUACGGUACUGAGGAGCAGCGCUUUAAGGCUGAUAUUCCUGCUGUUUCUACCUGGCGUGGAAAGGGCAGUUCUGCUAAGCAUCAGGAGUUCGUUGCUAAGGAGACCCCUGCCGCUGAGGCUGAAGCUACUAAGUAG